GCUCUCAAAAGUAUUGGCGCCCUGCACCUCCAACUCUCAAAAGUAUGGGCGCCCUGCGCCGCUGGCUCUCAAAAGUAUUGGUGCCCUGAGCAUCCAGUUCUCAAAAAUAUUGGUGCCCUGCAUUUCCUGCUCUCAAAAGUAUUGGCACCCUGUGCGUCCGGCUCUCAAAAAUAUUGGCGCCCUAUGCUCUCAGCUCUCAAAAGUAUUGGCGCCCUACGCUUCCGGCUUUCAAAAGUAUUGCUGCCCUACAAUGUUGGCUCUCAAAAGUAUUUGUGCCCUUCGCCGUUGGCACUCAAAAGUAUUGGCACCCUAUGCCGUCGGCUGUCAAAAGAAUUGGCACCCUACGCCAGGGGCUCUCAAAAGUAUUGGCGCCCCAUCCCUGUUUCGCCACGGCAAGCACCACUCACAUUUUCUUCAGGAAAUGUACCGGUGUAGUUAUUCUUCUUCUUCCACUUUUUUUUGGCAUGUAACUAGUCCCGCAGCUUUUGUCAGAGUUCCACGGGUGAGGUGUCAAAUCGAUCGGCUUAUUGAGGAGAGGUGUGUUAUGAUGUUCAUAAGUGAUCGGAAUGCUGGAAUUCCCGGAACGGAAGUUCAAAGUCGGAAAAUUUCCCAUUGACUUGCAUUGAGUUGCGAAAGAAUUGCCGCCCUACAUGGCGUGCUCUAAAAGAAUUGCCUCCGUACACGUCCGGCUCUAAAAAUUAUUGGCACCCGAUCUGUACGGCUCUCAGAAGUAUUGGUGCCCUAUCUGGAAAGCUUUCAAAACUAUUGGUGCCCUAUCUGGCUGGCUCUCAAAAACAUUGGCACCCCGGAUGGCUGGCUCUCCAAAGUAUUUUCGCCCUACACAGCGGGCUCUAAAAAGUAUUGCUGCACUACAAGGCCAUCUCUAACAGUACUGGUGCCUGAGAGUUAUAUGCAUGAUUUUCUGUAUGCUAUUCAUUAUAUUACUCUGUUAUACCUUUACUACAUUUCAGGUAGCAGAAAUGUGUUAAUUUAAGAAUUAUGUCAAUGAGAAACUCAAAUCAUGUUAAUGAGAAAUCUUUUAAAUAGAAUAUCAAUGCAUUUAUUGACUUAUAACAAAUUGUCCAUUCAUCCAUCCAUUCUCUGUACAGCUUAUCCUAGACAGGGUGGCAGGGAGCCUGGAGACUAUACCAGGGGACCUGGGGCACAAGGUAGGGAACACCUGGGAAAAAGUGCCAAUCCAUCACAGGGCACAAUCUCGCACACAUUGAAACAAUUUGGAAAUGCCAAUCAGCCUAUAACGCAUGUCUUGUCUAUGGGAAGAAACAGUAGUACCCAGAGGAAAGCCAUGAAGCACUGGAAAAACAUGCAAGCUCUGUGCACUUAGGGCAGAUGCAGGAAUUGAACCCCCAACCCUGGAGGUGCAAGGCAAGUGGACUAACCACUAACCCAUCAUGCCACCCUUAUAAUGAACUAUUACUUGGCCAAUUGGAUAUUUGACUGUGUUUAUUCAUUGUUUUGAUAAAUAAUUUCCAGUCAAUCUUUUAGCAUGGGUUCUGGUUUCCAAAUAAGUUGGGACAGUAUGGAAAAUACAAAAAACAAAAAAACAAAGAGUCAUUUGAAAAUUUAAUUCACCCUGUACUAUAUUGAAAACACAUGAAAGAAAGACAGAUCAGCAUUAAAUGGAGAUUUUUGAGUUUUUCUGAGCUAGUAUUGAUAAAACCUAGCUGAAAGUAAAAAGGGCUCUUCAUAGGUAUAACUAAAAGUUAGAUUGUGUAUGAGUUUCCUGGUUUUUGCUAGAUGAUUCCCACUGUUGUUUCCUAUAUGCUGCCACCAAGAUGCAAGCCAUUAGUGAUAUGCCACUCAAUGAGGAAAGUCUCCUCUUCCUGGGCAUUAUUUAGAGGCCUGCCAGUCUAUCACUGCGUGCCUUCUCCAGGUUCUUCAGGGUUAGAAUUGCCCUCCAAGUCAUGUCACCUGUCAGUCCAUCCACUCUAAUUUGAUUAUGUAAAUUUUUGUGGAAAGUAUGCAAACAAAGACGUCAUCAAACAUGAAAAUGACAAGCAGCAUCUCAAUUAGUCAGAUGUUGCAGAAAGACUUUGAAGAACAGUGAGAUGUCGAAAGCUGCAACACUGAGUGUUUACCUCCGUAGCAUUUCAGAGUUUACCAACAUCAAUGAUGAAACAGCAUCUGUUCACACUCCUGUUUUUCACAGGAGUUGUCCCCCUUGCUCAAUCUGUGAACCGUACGUACUUUCUGGUCCAGCAAGGAAGAAAUUGGACUGAUGCUCAGAUUUACUGCCAAGCCACAUACACUGACUUGGCUAUCAUCAAAAGUAAUGAUGACGUGAUCCAACUACAGAAUGAAACACAGAGUCAGAAUUUCAAUUCCAGUGCUUGGAUUGGAAUGUACAGUAACCGUUACAGCUGGCACUGGUCCCUUGGAUAUGAACCAGUGACAAAUAUAUUGGGAAAUUGGAAAGUUGCACAGCCAGAUAACAAUGGUGGAAACCAAAACUGUGGUGCUACAUCUCCUUCUGGUUGGUUGGAUCUGCCCUGUACUCACAUGCGCCCCUUUGUGUGCUUUGAUGAAACAAAAACCGGCAAUGACAGCUACAUUUACAUAAAUAAUAGUGUACAAUGGCCUGAAGCUCAGGCUUACUGCAGAAAGUAUCACACAGAUCUGGCUAGUGCGAGAGAUGAAAAAGAAAACUCAGUUAUACAGAAGCUAGUCUUUGACUGGACAUGGUUUGGAUUGAUAAAAGACCCCUGGAAGUGGGUGGAUCAUACCAACUUCUCUACUAUCAGCUGGAUGUCUCGACAACCUGAUAAUAGCAUGCAGAAUGAAAAUUGUGGUUAUAUAUAUAUGGGCAAGGCCGCUGAUGCACCGUGCACAGAUAUUUUGCCUUUCUUCUGUUACUCGGUAAGCACAAAGCAACAAAUCAUAAAGAUGAAGAUCCAGUCCAUUCAGGAUUUGAAUGAUCCUGCAGAAAAUGCGGCCAUCAUGGAGAAGAUCAAGCAGAAACUGAAGGAUAAUGGGAUGGUAGAGGGCAUCAAGGUGAAAUGGAGAGUACAACCAGAUGGAGAGGUGUUUCACAAGGAGAAAUAAACUAAUACUGCAAUAGAAAAAGGAGGUCUCUAAGUCUAUAGCUGUGUCUCAAAUACAGUAAUUCUGUAGUGCAUUAGUCAUUUUUGUUGAGUAGUAUGUUUACUCAGUAAAUGUAAUAAGACGUAGUUCACUAUUAGAGGGAUGGUGAAGGGGAAAUAAUUAUUUACUCACUUUAAAAAUGCAUAACUUAUAUAUAGAUAUUCUUAUUGCUUUCCUUAUCAUUAGCAUUAAUUAACCAAUUUAUUCAUGAUCAGGUAGAAUUCAUGGACUGUGUGAUGUAAGAAUCAGUGAUUAAUGUGCAGGAUUAAUGUGCAUAUCUAUAAAAUGCAAAGCACAUUCCUAAAAGAUCAAGCACACAGAGGGCUGGAAACAAAAUCAAAACAUGACAGAAGAGGCAGAAGUGGAAGUUAUUUUGACUCACGUCUAUGCCAAUAAAACAUAUUUAGUAGUGUACCAGCACCUGAAAAGGUCAACAUCUUGAGGUAAAUUACAGAAAAGGUUAAAUAGGUGUGAAUUAAGUGAGGUGAAAAGAAUUGCAUGACUAGUUUUAUUUGUUCUAAUUCAUGGGUUUGUGUUGGCUGGCUUCCUUUAUUUUUCAUAUUUUUUAAUUAAUGCCAAUGAUUGCUUAAUGGUUAAGGCUCUGGGUUACUGAUCAGCAGAUUGGGGUCAUGGCUGACCCUGUGCUCUGACCCCAACUUCCUAACAGUCUGGCAUAUGCAAAGAAUGAAUUUCACUGUACUGUAACGUAUAUGUGAUAAAUAAAGGCUUCUAUUCUAUUCUUUGAAAAGAAAUGGGUUUCACAAAAUUUUCUUGAUAGUACUCUUAGGCUACAUUCACACUGCAGGCAACAGUAGCCCAAAUCAGAUUUACUGAACAAAUCCCAUU